AUGCUCCGCGGGACAGCACCGCGUGUCUGCUGGAUGUGGAUCCUGCUCUUCAGUGUGCUGAUAUGGAGGGUUCAGAGCGCCGGUGCGCAGAGCUGUCAUGAGGUCAAAACCGCUUUCCAGCUGCGGCAGGUCGGCUCAUUGCGGUGGGUUCCGGAGACAGCAGCUACAGAUGCAGAACUUCUCAUCUGUAAACACCAGGGUCCCACAUGCUGUACCCGCAAGAUGGAGGAGAGCUACUACUCAGCUGCUCAAAGAGACACACUCCAAAACAUUCUCUCCUAUAGCUUCGAACUCAAGUAUCUCAUCCUGGGCCAUGCUUCUUCCUUCCAGGAUACCUUCCAUUCCCUGCUCUCGUUCACUCUAAAUCAUACCAACUCACUUUUCGACACCACCUACGAGACAAUCUCCCAAGAUGCAAGACCACUGGUGUCCACCCUCUUCAAUGACCUUGAUCUCUACCUUCGAGGCGAUGAUAACGUUUCUGUGGAACACUCGGUUUACAGAUUUUAUGACAAACUCUUCCCAUUGGUGUACCAGCAUCUGGUCAAUCCUGGCUUGGGUUCACCUGUUUCAACCUGGUCUGCCGAAGGAACUGAGUGCCUUCGUGCCACACGGCAUGAUAUCUAUCCCUUUGGCCAUCACCCACAAGAACUUGCUCAAGGACUGUCCAAGGCGCUUGUGGUUGGUCGUGCCCUCAGCCGGGCACUGGCAGUCGGUGCAGAUGUACUUAACAUCACAGAGUCUGUGGGCAUGGGACGAGUGUGUGGACGUGCACUAGUGCGCAUGUUGUUCUGUCCUCACUGUCGAGGACUGACCCUGAUCCGGCCAUGUGGAGGCCUAUGUCUCAACGUGAUGCGAGGUUGCCUGGCAGGCGUGGCUGAGCUGGAUGCUCCCUGGCGAGACUAUGUAUCGCUUCUGGAGAAGCUGAGUGGGGCAUUAUCAGAGAGAUAUGAAGUGGAACUGGGACUUCUACGCAUCCGGGAAAGAAUUAAUGAUGCCAUCCUCACUGCGCAACUGCACGGGCCACAUCUUAGCGCCGUGGUUGGUAAAGUCUGCGGGUCCUUGACCGAAUCGGUUUCUUCCACUCCAGCCAAUUCGACUUUGGGAAGUUUGACUCCGUCAGUGAAUCCCAGCCUUGAACUCCAAACCUCAAACACAUCCUCCAGCCAUACAACACUACCUGACACAGGCAACCAACAUGAGCACAUAGCUCUCAAAAGACGGUCUCUGCCUCUGAAAGCAUCCAAAUAUGACAAACCCAGGAGCCUGAAAAAGAUUUCAAAGGAGUUUAUGGGCUACAUCCAGCGGUACAAGUCUUUCUUCUCCAACCUGCCGGAGAUGCUGUGUGAGGGGGAGGUGGUGAUGGAUGAAAACACCUGCUGGAGUGGAGAAGACGUGGUGGAGAGCUAUACAGGCCACGUGGUGGGGAAUGGACUGCAAGCCCAGAAACACAACCCAGAGAUAAAGGUCAAAACUGCAAAUCCAGUCCUCGUCAGCGUGAAGGAAAUGCUAGAGCACUUCAACCAGGAGAUGUGGGCAACGACUGGUUUGGGCACAGGUGGCACAGAUGUUAAGGAGUCCAGCAGUGCAGAAGGCAGUGGCGAGUGUGAUGAUGAAGACGGCUGUCAGGGUUCGGGACGCGGAGACGAAAGAGUGCACUUAAUAAAAGAAAACAUAAGCAGUGUUCAAAUUCCAUCCCAGUAUGGCAAAAUCCCAGUCCAGCCUCCUAACAAUGGACCCAAACGAGAUGUGCAGACCAGCGGAGUCACCCACAUCCCAACCAUCUCCUUCAUCCUACUUCUUCCUCUUUUACAGCUCCUCCUGUGGCCUUGA